GCUCCUCCAGAGAGAGAGAGAGAUAGCAAGUCCACAAUGCCACGAUCAGAAAAAGAAGUCAGUCCAACCUAAUCACUGACUACUUCUGUCUGUUUAGAAAAUGUCACCAUAAGUGGCAGUGUGGUUUAUAACAGCAGGCGUAUUGUUCCUCCACAUAGUGAGGAAGAUGCUUGUGUGGCUGUAGGUAAAGAUACUAGUCUAAUCCAGUCAUCAGGAACAGGUCUGUAAAAGAUUGCAUCCAAUAUUUACUUUUCCCAUAUCUGACAAAGCGUCAGCCAGAUAAGAGCGUGCUGCCCCAGCAUAUAUCACAAAUCUCGCGCUCAGUGGCUGAAUGGAGACGCUAGUGAACUCUUAUUUUGCGUUGCGCACGGGUUCAUGGGGAGGAUUCUUCAUUGUCCGUUUCUAGGAAUUAAGUUAGCAUUUUGAGAGUUUUUCAGAACGUUUUUAAAAAGGGUGAUUUACAGUAACGUUCUUUAUGAGUACUUGUAUUUAACGAACGAGGUCAUUCACUGUAUUAAUCUUGGGUACGUGGCACAAUCAUGUGCUGCACUGACAUGGAUCCGACAAACGAAGGAAACAACUGCAUCAAUCAGCUGGGUGGCGUGUUUCUAAACGGCCGACCACUACCUGCUUACAAGCGCAAGAUGAUGAUUGAACUGGCAUCAGAGGGUGUGAGACCUUCUCAGAUCUCCCAGAUUCUAAAGGUAUCCAGUGGUUGUAUUAGCAAGAUACUCAACCGAUACAAGAAAACUGGGAUGCUCUGCCCAAAGGCUAUUGGAGGAAGUAGACCUCGGAGGCUCACACCUGAUGUAAUAUCAACAAUUAUUCAACACAAGUAUGCAAAUCCAAACAUCUUUGCUUGGGAAAUUCGCCAAAGACUUCUGGCAGCAAGAGCAUAUGAAGCUGAGAAAAUCCCAAGUGUUUCCUCCAUAAAUAGAAUUCUGAGAAAGAUGAAGACCGACACGUUUGCCUCAAAUGGCAUCUAUGCAGAAAUUGUGAAUGCUGUACCAGGUCAGGGGAGUGGGGUAUCUGGGACAGAGCAGUUGGCUGUUCUCCAGACAUCUAACCAUCAUCCAAGCAGUACCCCACAACGGAAUAGAACCAAUUUCAGCCCUGAACAGACAGAGACUCUCGAACAAGAAUUCCAUCAAAAUCACUAUCCUGAUAUGUUAGCUUGUGAAAGACUAGCGGUACAAAUCAGUGUACCAGAGGACAUUGUAAAGGUGUGGUUCUCAAAUAGAAGAGCCAAAUUGAGACGGGAAAGUCAGACCAAACAAAACAACUGUACAUCCCAUGGAUCUGCAUCACAACAUGAUGACAAGACAACUCAAUCCCAGACUCACCACCACCAUAACAGAUUGUCUUCUCAUAUAGACAGUAAAUAUUUCCAGUUUCAUCCUUCUGAAAUACCUACUUUCUCAUUGACUCACAACUAUCCAGAGAGUAGUACCAUAUUGUGUUGGGCCCACUGUCAAUCUUUUCAGCCAACAUUUUCAUUAGGGCAUCCUCAAAAUGAACAGACUCCCUUUGGCUCAUUUCAUUAAUGGCCAUCAGCGUAGGCCUACAUGCCUGCCUGUAAACGUGUUAUGAUAAAGGGAAAAAAGGCUGUGACCUAUCUGUAUGUGUCAACUCAGAUUGAUUUUACAUUUGGCUUGAAGUCUGACCUUGUGGUGAUUAUCAUUAUAUUAUCCUCAUAAAAAAUGUGCUAAUUCAUGACAUGUAUUAAAAGGGGCUGAAUAUAGCCUGGGAAUGCCCAUGCUGCCUUGGUCGCUUGUACAGAACUGCUCGGCAGCCUGGAGACCAAGGCCGAAAUCUUCGCAUGGAUUUGGGGACUAUAUUAUAUCAUUAAAAAAAUCUGAAAAGUAAUCAAAAAGUAAUUAGUUACGUUACUCAGAUAAAGUAAUUCAAAUAGUUACACUACUAUUACACUUUAAACAGGGUAACUUGUAACUGUAACACAUUACAUUUCUAAAGUAACCUUCCCAACACUGGUCAGGUCUAAACAGGGGGACAUGGCAUUCAGGCAUUAUGCAUUAAGAUCACAGAUUCUGUUGGAACAAAUUACCAAGAGAAAUGAAAUCUGCCCUAACUGUAACCUCUUUUAAAAAGAAACUAAAACUCCAUUUAUUUUCUAUUAGCUUUUAAUUAAUCUUGUUUUAUUCACAUUUUAUUCCUGUAUUCCUGUUUUAGUUACAUGUUUUUACUUUUUAAUGUGUUUUAUAAAAUGCAUUCUAUUUAAUUUAGCGCUUUGAAUGACCACUGUGUAUGAUACUGUGCUAUACAAAUAAAUUUGACUUUGCCUUUGACUGUA